AUGCCCUCCUUGUUGACUUCUGAACUUCGACAGGUACACGAAGAUGGAAAGGAUGCAGUUGCGCCCGCUCAGACAAAGUCUGCGGAACGAGGAAAUGUUCCUGCGUUCGUGCUCAUUUCGAAUGCGAUCCGGAGGUAUGCCUUCCAUGCGGAUCUAGAGGAGCAUGGCCUGUGUAGAAACGUUGGGAUUCAAAGGGGCUCAUUCAAAGUCACUGAAGUCAGAGAAAGCAAAUGGGGGCUAGGCCUUUUCUUAUCCGAGCCAGCAGAAACGAAAGAACUCAUCUUAGAAUACGUAGGAGAAAUGAUCGGCCCUUUAACAAUCGAUUCCAGGAACUGCCACGCAGAACAUAGAAACAGGUCGUACGUCUUCGAGCUGAACCCAACAUUUUCAUUGGACAGUGCAUACGCGGGGAAUCAGACCCGUUAUAUGAACCACAGCGCCGAAGAAGCGAAUUGCCAUACCAAUGCCCGCCGCAUCGAAGAGGGUGAAGAAUUGCUCAUCAAUUAUGGAUCCAAGUUCUGGCCCUCGGAUCGGCUGGCCCAGGUUGAGCUGGCGUCUGCUCAGGCUGUGCCAUUUCCAUCAUAUGACGAUCCGACUGAUUUGACGUAUAACGAGAAAGAGGGCAAUGACCUGGAUUCAUAG